AUUUAUCGUCACCCGCUGAAAUUUCAACCACCAUAAUCGGAACCCUAACGGGCCUUGUCACCGCCGUGAGGGAUGAUGAAUCGGGUGCUGACAACGCCUGCCACCCGUCUCCGCCAACAAUUUACGCGGCCGACGUCGAAUACAAUCGCCACAGAUAAAGCUAACAGCGCGACGUUUUGGCAUUACCAGAUCCUCGAUCCAAACGGAGAAGCUGUGACUCGAUGGUACCAAUUUUUCCUCGUGGUGUGCCUCGUCUCUCUCUUCAUCGAUCCCCUUUAUUUCUACCUUCCAUACGUCGGCGGAGACACCUGCAUGACCAAAGAUCACGCCGCCGCGAUCGCCAUCAAUACCUGGCGUUCAUUUGCAGAUAUUUUCUUCGUCGUUCACAUCGUCAUGAAGUUUCGCACUGCGUUUAUUGCUCCAAGCUCUAAGGUUUUCGGCAGAGGCGAACUCGUUAUGGACAAGCGUCAGAUUGCUCGGCGAUAUUUGAAGUCUGAUUUCGUAAUUGAUGUCGCUGCUAUGCUUCCAUUACCCCAGAUAGUUCACAAGCUGAUCAUACCAGCAACAAAUAAGAACACCAAAGAUCAUGCUAACAAUACACUAUCACUCAUCGUUCUGAUUCAGUACAUCCCUCGAUUGUUUGUGAUUUUUCCACUAAAUCAGCGGAUUAUAAAAUCUACAGGGUUUGUAGCUAAGACAGCUUGGGCAGGAGCUGCUUACAAUCUUCUACUUUACAUGCUAGCUAGUCAUGUCCUUGGGGCUACAUGGUAUUCGAUGUCUAUAGGGAGACAACAUUCAUGUUGGCAACAAGGAUGUAAAGAGGAGAUGGCUGAAAAAGUUUGUAUGAGUUUUUUGGAUUGUAAAAGCAUUGAUAAUCCAGAUCGCAAGAAAUGGCUUGAAUCCACAAGCUUGAGAACUCUAUGUGAUGCUAGCAAUGAAUCUUCUCCUUUUAAAUUCGGAAUGUUUGCAGAUGCUUUCACAAGCGAAGUUGCUUCUUCUAAGUUCUUCGAGAAGUAUUUAUAUUGCCUUUGGUGGGGUUUGAGAAAUUUGAGUUCAUAUGGACAGAAUCUGGACACGAGCAUCUAUAUAGGAGAGACGUUGUUCUGCAUCUUCAUAUGUAUCGGAGGCUUGAUUCUAUUCGCACAAUUGAUAGGAAACAUGCAGACGUAUUUGCAAUCGAUGACGUUAAGACUGGAAGAGUGGAGGAUUAAAAGAAGAGACACGGAGGAGUGGAUGAGACACCGUCAGUUACCGGAGGAAUUAGCAGACAGAAUCCGGCGAUUUGUUCAGUAUAAAUGGCUGGCGACGAGAGGCGUCGAUGAAGAAUAUAUUCUCCAGUCGUUACCCAUCGAUCUCCGCCGUGAAAUCCAACGCCAUCUCUGCCUUAACCUUGUUCGACGAGUCCCAUUCUUCUCACAAAUGGACGACAACCUUUUGGAUGCGAUCUGCGAACGCCUGGUGUCAUCCCUAAGCACGCAGGGCACAUACAUUGUUCGUGAAGAUGAUCCGGUAAACGAGAUGUUGUUCAUAAUUCGCGGACAACUAGAAUCCUCAACAACAGACGGCGGAAGAUCUGGAUUCUUCAAUUCAAUCACCCUUCGACCCGGUGACUUUUGUGGCGAAGAGCUACUCACGUGGGCCCUACUCCCUAAUGCCACAAGCUACCCUUCCUCCACAAGAUCCGUCCGAACCCUAACCGAAGUCGAAGGCUUUGCGUUACGCGCUGAAGAUUUAAAAUUCGUCGCGAAUCAAUUCAAAUACCUACAUAGUAAAAAACUCCAACACGCGUUCCGGUAUUAUUCCCAUCAAUGGCGAACAUGGGGCGCGGCUUUAAUUCAAGCAGCAUGGCGCAAAUAUAAAAGAAGAAAGCUCGCAAAGGAAUUGGCUCUUCAGGAGUUGAUGGAAGGGUUUUAUUAUGAGGAGUCGGGUAACGAUGGUACUCCGGGCAGUAGCAGUGAACAACAGUUUGGUGUUGGGGCGACUGUUUUGGCGUCGAGGUUUGCUACGAAUACAAGAAAAGGAAUCGGUCAUCAUAAAGUUUCUUCUGUUGAUUCGUCUACGAGUCUUAAAAUGCCUCAAUUGUUUAAACCGGAUGAGCCUAGGUUUUGAAAGUGACAAAGGUACAACAUACACUACAUAUGGUACAAGUUUAAGAAGCUUGGAUCUGUCCAAGGGCCAAAAAUGUUGAUGCAUGCGAUGGUGGGUGUUUGUUGUAAUUAGUAAAUAGUAUAGGGAGCUGUUGUGUC